UUCAUCUUCCAUCCACUGCCUCAAGAUGAUAGGACUAGUUCACCUCAUACAGAGAUGGUUGUGUCGGGCGGGAGAGGUGCUGCUCCGUCAUUACCUCGCCUAUGUGCUGAUCUUCGUGACAGUGCUGUUGUCUACCCGUUACGUGCUCGGAGGGCGAGGUCGUCUUCUUCCCCCAGGCCCCUGGGGCUUGCCCAUCAUUGGAUUCCUCCCCUUCAUGAGCAACGAAGUCCACAAGAUGUUCUUCAGGCUGGCCAAGAAGUACGGCCAAGUCUAUCGCAUCCAGGUCGGGGAGAAGCUCUUCGUCAUCCUAACUGACCCGAAGGUCAUCAAGGAAGCCUUCAGGAGGGAAGAGUUCAACGUCAGGCCCUCCACCGCUCUCUACGACAUGUUCGAAGGAUACGGAUUGGUCAACACUUCUGGUCUGAUCUGGAAAGACCAAAGAAGAUUCAUUCACGAGCGCAUGCGCGCCUUCGGCAUGAAGACCACAGGACCAGGAAGGGAGCAGAUGCAGGAUACAAUUAUGGUCGAAGUGGAAAACCUCCUUCAGUGCCUGGCCACGGGCGAGGGAAAGCCCAUGGAAGUUGCCGAGCUGUUCAGCAACGCCACCACGAACGUCAUCUGUUCCUUCCUCAUGUCCCUGCGUUUCCGACCCAACUUCGCUAACUUCCCUAGCUUCAAGCGCCUGCUGGCCCUUCAAGACGAAGGGUUCAAGCUCUUCCUCAAGUGCGACAUCGCAAACUACGUCCCAUUCUUCAAGUACAUGCCCUCCGUCAGGAGGAACUUCCGCCGGCUGAUAGCCUGUCGCGACGAGUCCGUCGAAAUGAUUCAGGACAUCAUCAGUCAGCGGCGGAAGACCUUUGACCCCGAGCACAUCCGGGACAUCCUAGACUCCUACUUACUCGAAGAGUACAGGGCCAAGAAGGAGGGCCGCAUCCUCUUCGAAGGGAGGGACUUUGACCGCCAAUUGGUGCAGGUGAUGAACGACAUGUUUAGCGCGGGUCAGGAGACUGUGAAGACAUGCUUGUUGUGGUCGCUCGUCUUCCUGCUGAACCACCCCCACGUCGCGUCGAAGGUGCAGGCGGAGUUGGAUUCCAUCGUGGGCCGUUCCCGCAUGCCGACCUUGGACGACCAGCAGCACAUGCCCUACACAGAAGCCACGAUAUGCGAGGUCUUACGGCGGUCUUCUAUCGUGCCCCUCGGCACUUCGCACGCCACGAGCCGCGAGACCACCCUCGGAGAGUACACCAUUCCGAAGGGGGCCACCGUCAUCCCCCUCCUCUACGCCUGUCACAUGAACCCCCAAUACUGGACUGAUCCCGAGGAAUUCAAUCCUCUGAGGUUCAUCGACGCCGAGGGAAACGUCAAGAAGCCCGAGCAUUUCCUCCCCUUCGGCGUCGGCCGGCGAAUGUGCCUCGGGCACGUCUUAGCCAAGAGCCAGCUUUUCCUGUACUUCACGUCCAUCCUGCAUGUCUUCAAUAUCUCGUGCCCAGAAAAUGAACCCUUGCCCAGCAUGGAGGGUGACCUCGGAACGACACUCACGCCUAAGCCAUUCAAGAUUUGCUUCAUCCCUCGGGAGGUGUCGAAGAUCGUCAAUCUAGACAUGAGACCUCAUGAUCUUAGAACAGCCGGCCUAUGAGAUCACCUCUGACCAGAAGCAGCUAACUCAGGAAUAUUCCUUUGACAAGACCGCCUUGGAAGUGUAGCCAGUUCCCUUCUCUUCUUACGUAAAGACAUUAAUCGUUGUGGCAAUGUCCCUUGAAAUUUAAGAAACAACAUGUAAUUCUUAUCCUUUGCCACGGGAAUUUGGUUGAGACUUUUCGUUCAUCUUUCCUUAUGUCAGUCAGCAUUAGCAUUUAUGCGCCAUCUCUUCUUUGCAUGGUUACCAAUAUCCUUUACAAAACUCACAGGAGGUGACUUAGUUUGGGAUGUUUCUCUCUCUCUCCCUCUCUUUCUCUCUCUCUCUCUCUCUCUCUCUCUUUCUCUCUUUCUCUCUCUCUCUCUCUCUCUCAACUAGAAAUGGAUUCGGUUGGCACACUGACAACCGAUGAGACUAGGGAUUCAAUGGCGGAGCCAGCCAGGAUCGCCAUUUCCUCUCUGUCCCCCCAUCACGUUUCUUCACUCUCCAGUAAUUUAUCCGCAGCUCACCAAAGACAUUUGUACAUCGCCGUUACUGCCGGCGUUCCCAUCUGUGAUAUUGUUAGGUAGUUAGUCAUAGUUUCUCAGUUGUUACCUAUUCCAGUCUGGUUGGUUCUUCUUACGCUCCUUAUUUCCUCUGAUGCUAGACUGACUCAUUUUUUCCCCUUAUCAAAAUUUCGAAAAAUUCAGUAAAAAAUUGUAGGUCCAACAACGGAAAGACUCGUUGAUAUCAUUUAUACAAUUGAAAGUUGGACCUGAUUUUAUUAUUAUCUUAUUAAUUGUUGGUUGGAUUUGUGUUCAUCCAUAAUUGUUCAAAAUGGCUUUCGUCUGUGGACAACCUCCAUAGUGGUCUUGCUUAUUCUCAGGCGACGUAUGUUCCUACAGGAAUGAUGUGGGGCGGGGUUAGGACUGGGAGCGGGGUCGUCCAGGGAAGGGGGGAGGGGUGGUUUAGUAUUACGUGUGCCAUGUAGUUAUAUUUAUGACAAACCUGUUGUACAAAUUAAUAUGUAAAUCACGUGACCAAGUUCACGUUUUGUUGUCGUAAGUUAUUUUUAUAAUAUAUCUUAUUCCUUAGGCACUAGAUUUUAUUUAUGUGGUUUUUUUCACAUUUAAGGCAUUUAUUUUCUAGACGCAACUGACGAUGUAGAACUCUUCUGUAAUUAGGACAUUUGAUUAAUCGUAGUAACUGUUACCUUACGUAGGAAUAACGUAUAAUACUGCUUUGUACUUGAAGACACCAUAAUUAUGUACAGCACAAUUCUUAGAAUUAAGAAUGAUUCCUGGUUCAGUUGACCAACUCGGGCAGUAUUGUGUAUUUACUGUCGCAUUUGCUCAAGACUUUGUGCUCAAGGUUACUUUAAGUUACAUGUAUAAGUCUUUGGUCUUGAUUCAGAUAUAAUGUGAAUGAUACUGUGCAACAUAAUAAUGAUAAACAUUAAACUGUAAACAUUA